GGAAUGUUUGCCGUGAUCCGGAAGCGCUUCGCGUGUUUGUUGCGACCGCCGACAUCCGGUCGGAUACAGUGUGUUCACACCUUGCAGCUGGUCCCGCAGCUCACCAUGUUUGCUGACAUCACGCGUAUAAAACCAAAGCCAUCAACAGCAUAGCAUCUUCUACGUGUGAGCAGCAUGAAGUCAUUCUGUGCCCUGCUUGCCGUCGCUGGUGUGUGCUCGGCACAGCUCUUCGCUUGGCCUGCCGCUUCGUACAGCCCGUACUUGGCCAGGUACUACGCAGCGUCUUCGUUGGCAGCGCCUGUAGCCGCCGCCUACCCGGCGGUAGCUGCUGCCCCAGCUGUAGCACCUGCUCCAGCUUACGCUCCAGCCCCCGUCUACGCUGCUCCAGCAUAUGCAGCUGCCCCCGUUGUCGCUGCCCGGGCCAUGAGCCCCCCAAUCGCACCCGGACCAGCCGUCGCCGCAGCUACCGCCAAUGGAGCUCCUCUGCUUAGCCCUGCCUACGCAGCAGUGAUGGCUGCUCCAGUAGCUCAAGCUGCUCCAGUACCUGCUCCCGUAGCUGCUCCAGCUUAUGCCCCUGCUCCUGUAGCUGCACCUGCAGCAGUUCCUGCCUAUGCCCCAUUCGCCGCAGCUUACCUCAUCGGGUCUAAUAAGGCGUGA